AUGGCUGACGCAGGCUUUUAUCGUGGUACAAGUAGUGAGCAAGAUAGUCGCUUCACCGAUAAGGAACGCAAGUUACUGAAGCAAAUGCGUUUCGAGGAAGCAUUGGACGAAAAGAUCUGCAUGGAUCGAGUGAAUCUGGAUGUGCUCAAACCGUGGAUUACUGCCAAGUUGAAUGACAUUUUGGGCAUAGAAGACGAUGUUGUCAUUGAAUAUGUAUUCAGUCAACUGGAGGAGAAAUCGUUGAAUCCGAAAGUGAUGCAGAUUAAUUUAACUGGCUUUCUCAAUGCUCGACGAGCACGGGAAUUUAUGGGUGAAUUAUGGAGUAUGUUAAUUGAAGCACAAAGCAGCGAUGAUGGUAUUCCAACAUCGCUAGUAGAAAAAAAGAUGAAGGAAAUACAAGAGAAGGCAAAAAAUACAACUGUUUCGUCUUCCAAUGGUGCGGCUGCUGAAGUUGCUGGAUCAGAUUGGAAGAAUCGGUAUGAUUCUUUGACUGGUGGGCGUUACGGUAACCGAGAGAGCAGAUCUAUUACUGAAAGUGAACGGGGCAGAAAGGAUGACGAUCGCCACAGAACUCACCGGGAUAAUAAUCGAGAUCGAGAAAAUGAUAAAAGUGGAGAAAGUGGCCGCGUGAAGGAAGAUGGAAUUGAAAGAAAGCGUGGUGAAGAAAAACAGUUCAAGGAUGAAAAGUUGAGAUCACAUAGCCGAUCUCCCACUCGUCGACAUUUUCAUGAUGAGCGAACGGAAAGGAAAAAGGAACGUUAUCGUUCUCCUAAUAGAUCUCCACCGCGUCGAAAAUUUACAGAACGGAAGGAAGAAACUCGAAGACGAAGUCGAAGUAAUGAGCGUCGUAGAAGGAAGCGGUCAAUAUCAGUGGAUCUUGUGGAUGAGAAACAAAGCAGUUCCAGAAAAAAGAAGAAGAAGCAUUCAAAAAAGCGUGCUAGUGAUUCGGAUUCAGAACGAGCAAAGAGAAGGAAGAAGCACAAGAAAGAGAAAAAGCGUAAAAAGCAUAACAGUUCGGAUUCCGAUUGA